AUGAAAAGAAGAACUUUACACCCAGAAGCUACUAUGGAUGUUGGUGAAAUGAUUUCCUUCAGAGGAUAUCCCAGUGAGACAUAUGAAGUGGUGACAGAUGAUGGGUAUAUCCUGAGUAUUAACAGAAUUCCUCAUGGGAAAAGAAAUAACCGGAAAUCUGGUCCCAGGCCCGCAGUGUUCUUGCAGCAUGGCUUGCUUGGUUCUAGCAGUAACUGGGUGUUUAAUAUGGACUACAACAGCCUGGGCUUUAUAUUGGCUGAUGCUGGUUAUGAUGUUUGGCUUGGAAACACCAGAGGUAACACUUGGUCCAGCAAACACAUCAACUAUACUGAGAAGCAUCAAGAAUUCUGGCUAUUCAGUUUUGAUGAAAAGGCUAAAUACGACCUUCCAGCUUCAAUAAACUUUGUCCUGAACAAAACUGGUCAGGAAAAAAUAUUUUAUGUUGGUCAUUCCGAGGGCACCACAAUGGCAUUCAUUGCAUUUUCAACCAUGCCACACCUAGCCAAGAAGAUCAAGAUGUUCUUUGCAUUGGCACCAGUAGUCACUGUUAAGUAUUUGACAAACACGGCUUUGAUCAAACUUGCAAUGGUUCCUGAACCUAAGCUCAAAAAAAUGUUUGGAACUAAGCAGUUUUUAGCUCAAGACAGAACAAUGAAAUGGUGUGCUACUUCCUUGUGUAACCGUUUCCCAAUGGAUUAUCUUUGUGGCAGUGUUGUCUUCAUGGCAACUGGCUUUAAUGUGCUAAACAUGAAUGCGAGUCGAAUCGAUGUUUAUUUAUCACACUGUCCAGCUGGGACAUCUAUCCAGAACAUGCUUCACUGGACUCAGAUUGUGAAGGCUGGGAAGUUCAAAGGGUUUGACUGGGGAAGCAAGGAAGCAAACAUGGCUCACCACAACCAGUCAACACCGCCUUUCUACAACGUACAACAGAUGACUCUUCCAAUAGCUGUCUGGAGUGGUGGUAACGACUGGAUUGCAGACUCAAAGGACAUGGCCCUCUUACUGCCUCAGAUCCCAAACUUAGUUUACCACAAGGAUAUUCCUGAAUGGCAACAUCUGGAUUUUGUCAUAGGCUAUGAUGCCCCACAGCGCAUGUACAUAGACAUAAUGGAUUUAAUGCAGACUUAUAAGUGAAUGUGAAAUAUUCCUUCAGAACCCAUUACUGUCAAGGUGUGUUGAUGAAAAGCACUACAAGAUUUCUUAAGAUUCCAUUUCUCAUAUAGGUUCAUCACAGUCUCAGUUAUAAGAAAGAUUUGCUUAGUAACCUUGCCUUUUCUAAUUCUGUCAGUGACCAUGGGUGUUCCUCCGUUGUUUUAGGAGCGGCUAAGAUUCUUUGCUGCUCUUGCUUCAUCAUGCUGUGUAGCAGAGUCUUGUUCUAGCACAGCAUGACUAUUGAGGGUAGAAAAAGUACUUGUGGUGAUGUCCAGCUCCUUUCCUUUGAGGAACUGGUCCAAUUCCAGUUGUUUCCCAGCCUUGGGAUCUAUCUGCUCUGGGGUAGAGUGCUGCCUUUUCUUAGCUCCCUCAGCAGUUUCUGGUCUAAUC